UGAUGCUGAUGAAAAGGUUUAUUGUCAGACUAUAACCAUCGAGACGACGUGGGGUGGAAACGGGUUCAUUACUGCCCGGUCUUGCGGCAAAAUAUGUCGUACAAUACUGGGGUUCCCUGCUAUGUUACCGGGUGAAAUCGCCGAGUUCCACUUAAGAUCACUCACCACGUUCGGGGACGGGCGCAGCUAUUGCCCCGACUCUUACUGAGAGAUUUGAGGAUGAGCCCGUCUAAUACCUUCAAUGUCCCUUCUGAUUUCCCUCCGCUAGUCUCCCGCCUUUUCAGUUGGCUUAGCUAGUGUGCUGUCACUGGUACUACUAAUGGGGAAUUCUGAGGACCAGAGCAGGGUCCCCGCCACCGGGAGACCCUCUCAACUGGACAAUUCCAAUAUUGGGUCUUUACGGCUGAGCCUCAGUGUCAUCGGGCUCUGGAUAUGUCUUUUCCUGUCCGCCAUGGAGACGACAAUUGUUGCAACAGCCCUUCGCCGUAUUUCCGAUGACCUGAAGAGCCAAGGGCAAUCAACCUGGAUUGUCGUGGCAUAUUUACUCACUUACAAUGGGUUUCUCCUUGUAUAUUCCAAAUUGACCGACAUUUUUGGUCAAAAAAGCUUGCUCCUACUGGCCCAAUUUAUUUUCUUGGUGUUCUCAAUGGCCUGCGGCGGAGCGCAGACCAUGACCCAGCUAAUUGUGUUCCGUGCACUGCAAGGCAUUGGUGGCUCUGGCAUUUAUUCCACCGUCUUUGUGAUUAUAACCAAGAUUGCCACGGUAGAAAAGAUUGGGCUGUAUACAGGCAUUUUGAGCUCUGUUUUCGCGCUUGCAAGUCUUCUUGGGCCCAUUCUAGGAGGUGUGAUUGUUGAUAACACGACGUGGAGAUGGGUUUUCUUUAUCAACGGUCCUGGGGUAGUCCUGUCCCUACUCUUUGUAGUUCCUGCCAUUCCUAGUCUAGGCGAAAAGCUCUUUGAAAAAGAAAAGCUGCGGCGAGUCGAUGCGCUUGGGGGUCUUCUUUCCCUGGCGUGGUCGACGAUGCUGGUGUUCGCCUUGGAGGAAGCAGGAGGCUCGUACGCAUGGGGCAGUAGCACGAUUAUUGGCACACUUGUCGGAAGCGGUGUCGCCCUGAUCGCGUUCGUCCUUUAUGAAACAUGGGUGCAACGCCGGUCCAGACAAGAGCCCAUGCUCCCUAUUCGACUUCUAAAAAGCCCGACGCUAUCACUCAAUUUAAUAACAAUGUUUGCAAUGGGAGGCUGCUUCUAUGCUGCCAUCAUCCUCCUCCCUCAGCGAUUCCAGUCCGUUAAUGGGCUUUCGGCCGCGAGGGCUGGAAUCGAUAUGCUUGCCUUCACGCUAGUCUCCCCAGCAUUCUCGAUGCUAUGUGGAUUCCUGCUCUCGAAGAUCCCCAAGAUCGCCACCCUUCUACUCAUUUUCGGGUCAGCCUUAACAUUAGUCGGGUUAGGCUUACUUAGCAGUCUGUCGACGGCAGAGUCCAUUGCACCUGCAACUUACGGGUACGAGGUUAUUCUGGCCCUUGGGCUAGGGUUCAUGAUGCCGCCUCUCAUAUUUUUAUUGAAAGUCGAAUAUGAUGACGCCGAUCUGGCCGUCGCCAUUGGCGCUAACAACACCGCUCGAACGCUCGGCGGGUGCGUGGGGCUGGCGGUGUGCUCCACCGUGCUUCACGCCGAUCUCGGCCGCUUCCUACGGGCCUUUCUUAACCCGAGUCAAAUAGCGGCGGUACUCAGCGCGUCGGCCAGCAUUAGCGAACUAUCGAAAUCCGAGGCAAGCAGGGUCAGGCAGGCUUACGGCGAAAGUUACGGCACCCAGUUUCGCGUCCUCAUCGCCUUUGCUGGUCUCAGCUUCAUUGGUUCUCUUGGCCUAGGGAUCAUGUGGCGACGGCGGGGCUUACAAGUACGCACAGUUCAGGAAGAGACUUCCUGAGUGUUAGCCCAUUUGGACGAAACUGGCCGAGCUGAUCUACUGUGGCUGUGAUGUAAGAUGGGUGGGACAUUUAAUGCGAGUACGGACUGGUUUGGUGGUUUCUUCUUUCAAUGAGCCAAAUAAAUUUCCAUAUGAUAGAUCUAUGUAUCUUAGAUAGAAUACUGGUAAACAACUUACAUAUUUGUGCAUAAGGCUCUCACUUUCUCGGCAC